UUUUUUUGGGGGGGGGGAGUUUUGAAGGUUGUGUGUUUUGGUGUUUUUUGAAUAGAAUGUAGUCAGAGUAUGUUACUCUCAGAAAUUGAAUCCAUUGAAUUCAUGCCUUAAGUUUCCGUCUUCUCUGAGAGAAUUUUUCUCCAAUUAAAAUUGACAUUUACAAGAGUAAUAGAACUGUUCAAAGGUUCAACAUGAUCUUUUGACAAGUGGUACAAUCUGGCAUAGCAUACGGGAAGCAGUCUGUUUCCUAUCUUCUGCUUCCGUUGCUCGGUAUAACUUCCCAUUACCCAACAGAUGUUGAAGGUCAGUUCCCCAUGAAUAUAAGAGAAAGAAAGUCAACAUUAAGAGGAGAGGGAAAUGGAGACUGUGGUGUGUCAGACUUUGAAAUUGACUGGCAAAACUUUGUAGGACCCAUCAUAUCCUUCAUCGGCCUUCAAUCUGGGUUUGAAGUCAGCCCCAAUGGAAGUGAGUAAUCGACACCAGAGAUUUCCUGGCCGGGGAACUCUGAUUGGGCCGUACAUGUAGUUCUCAUUCCUCCUAACCAGAAAGAAACUGAAAGAUAGUUCCACCUCAUCAGAACCACAUUUUGGCAUUGAAGCCAGAGUCGGGGAAAAUUUGGAACACAAUUUGUGCCUCUGGAUUAUGGUGGUGUUGUGGAUUCGAUGCAUUGUCACACCAGCUAACAGAGUGAAGGCAUGCAUGGCAAACAAAGCCUCCGGAGUUGGUGAAAAGCAAGCAGUGGGUGGUGUGCGGCAGAGUGGGCUGCAGUACCUUUGAAAUUGUUUCAGCCGAGUUGGACAUGUGGAAAAACAGCUUUCAGCAGUGCCAGCAGGAAAUGACAAUGGACGCACUGUGAAAGUACACCGUAAAGCAACAACAAAAGUUACUCAACUUCGCAGCAUGCCCACAUGCGCUCAAACUUAUCAGGGUGUUGCUCAAACGUCUUGUGGGGGGUUUGUUAAUCCGUUCUUGACGAAAUAGGAUAGGUGGUUGCUACUGAUUUGGAUCCUUCCCAAGUUGCUAAUUAAAGCGCGGCUUAUCACAACUUUGGACUGACUUUUCUAGGCCGGAGAGCAACAUUUAAAAAGAGUUUCGUACAAUGCACUGCAUUGGUGACUAAAUGUGAAGCAAUAGUGGAGAGAAGUGUGUGAGAGGCAAGGGGACUGGACUAGUUGUCUGCACUGUGAGCUGAACUUGUGUUUGUGCCUGGAAGUUAAGAUGUCUGGCGUGCGUUGGAAAAUCAAGAAAUGGCGGAGAGGAGAGACUCGGAAAGGGCCGACAUCUCCGGAGCACGCAAUGAGCACAACAACAGAGGAUGGAGCUGCUUUUGGGAUGCCCGAGACCAAGAAGAGCCGCGCCUCCAGUCUGAAGAACUUCAUGAGGUUCCAUCUGUCUAGCAAACCAAAAGAGGAAAGUGUCAGCCCCAGGCCGACCCGUAAGACAGAUUUCGAUAGCAAGUAUGACGAGGAAAUCAAAGUGCUCAUGAACCAGCUCAAAGAGGGCAAGUUGACCCAGGAGGAGGUCUGUGAAAAGGGGGAGCAGUUGAAACGAGAUCUAGAAAUGCAGCAUUCCAAACCAACACUGGUCAGCAGUGGAAAUGAAAGUCCCGAGGGGAGUCCUAUCACACCGUCAGAUAUAGAUUCUGCAUGUGGCACUGAGGGACCAUCGGAUGAGAGCACCCCUAGCCAACACAACUAUGACCUUCCCCCAGACUCCUUUGAAAGCUCACCCUUCUCCAGAAGUUCGUCCAGCUUGGACAACCCUGUGAGCAUACGUAAGGAUUCCAGGCAGCACACAGAGCGCAAUCCUCUCGCCGACGAGGACGUUUUCACCGGUCCCCCGCCUCCAGGGGAUAUUUUGGAGCACGGCGGUCUGGUCUUGGAGAACAGGCAUGCCAAAACUGCCAGCCAGUCGGGGGAGGACCUCGAAGACGUGCAGGACACCAUGCCGGAGUCGGGCCAGCACGGCGUCAAGCGGGGGAGCUUGCCCUCUCUGAAUAAGGGAGAGUACUUGGAGCCAAGUCCUGUCUUCCACAAAAGAGGCAGGUCACCCAGCUCACCAGCACUGGCCCUUGGGGCUUUCUCCGGAAGUUAUGCCUCCCUUCUGAAAAAAUCCUUGAAAAUACAUGAUCCCACGUCGACCAGAAGUGACAAUCCGUUCAAGCAGCUAUUCAAGAGGGAUAGAGCCAAAAAAUCCUGGUCUUCAUCACCCGAUGGCUCUGGCACAGAUGUAUUAAGUGAAGCCUCAGAUGGCAGUCUGGAGCGGAAUGGAACCAUUGGCUCCUCAACAAGUAGCAGUUCAAAGAGUUCAGGCGGAGCUGAGCACGAGCGAAAGAAAUAUGAUGUCGAUCCCCGCCUCUUAGACAGCCAGGGAGAGUAUUGUGGGCCCUACCUACUAAUUGGAACCGCCAAAGUAGACACCCCACUCAAUCCUCAUGAUCCAGAUAUGUUACCGCUUAAGGCGGGGGUCAGACUUUAUGUCACAGAGAACAAAGGGAGCUACUGGGAGGGAGUCCAGGCCAAGCGACGCGGCCUCUUUAAGUUCAUCCACUUUGAACGGCUGAGCCAGGAGGAGCUGGAGAAGGAGAAGUUAAGGGCGGAGAUGCCGUGCGAGGAGGGCGAGGACGUGCAGGUCACGCCCUCGUUUGCCAACCUGAAGGAGCUCCUGGAACGGAUAGAAUGCGAACAAUAUUACACCAUUCUUCAUCUUCACGACUUUGGCUCCCUGGAGCAGUUCAAGUUUCUCGAGGAGGGGCAUCUUGAGUCACUCAGCAUCACCGACCCCACGCACAUAGUCAAGCUUACCACCGCUGCGCAGAUGUUACGAGACCCGAAAGCAGGAAAAGAUAGAGCAGCUUCACAGCAGUUACAUUGUCUCCUGUGGCCAACCAGAGACCCAAGGGGGCGUAUGACAGUUAGGGACUCAGGUUUCUUUGCGAGCACGGAGACCUGCAUGUCAGUCGACAGCUCGGGCUUUCACAGGUGCAGCGAGGCUGGCACCUCGCUGAUCGAGGAAUGCGAGACUGUUUACCCCGGCAAAGAUGGAGCUACGUCCUCGUCGGAUGACACCCUGCAGGAGAACAGCAAUGUCAACAACUCCAACUGUAUCAACGCUUUGCGAUCCCAGAAUGCAUCCUCCGCAGCUGGCAGAGCAGGGAACUCACCCUGCAGGCCAGGGAUGAACGGUCAUCAACUCCCGGGCUCUCCGUCGUGUCUGAGGAAGGAAGGAAAUGGCUCAGCAAGCCCCCUAGCCCAUCAUGUUUGCAGGGUGCACUCCAAUGGGGCAACCAAAUGUGGGGGACAGCAUCACUUCACUGGUAGCCCUGCUUGGAACAGCCCAGUGCCACCCCGAGAUUCUCACAUGUUCAUGCACAGACACUUGAUGCCGACCUUUAGCGAUCCAGGCUCAGCCCUGAACUCCCCCCAGCUGAGGCCUCUUCAGAAGUCCACCCAGCGGUGCCCAUUGCAGUGCGGCCACAGCGUCGACCACCAGUGCCCCUCCCCUGAUGUUGUGCCCAAGUUUCCCAGCGAGGACAUGACCAGAUGGCGGAAGAGCGAGCUGGUGGAGAUGUACGGCAUCCACGACCCAUCCCGCCGUUGCCACUCGGGGGGAUUCCUCCAGUCCUCCCUGGCCAAAACCCACCCCAGUCCCAAACUCCCCCGACGUGUCCUGGAGCAGUACCGCUGCCACGCCCUGCACUCCACCCCGCUCCGCCCAGUCUCGCCCAAUCAGCAGAGGGGGCGGCGGAAGUCCCGCAGCGUCUCGCCUCACCAUCACAGACCCCAUCAACACCACCAGCACCACCCCCACCACCGUGACCCGAUGAUGUCACAAAGCUCUGUCCACGGAUCCCCGACUUUGCCACUGCGACCAAACAAAUCUCCCCAUCAGCAAGUCCCUGCUCAGCUUGAGUGGCGCAUCGAACAAACUCUGAGACAAGAAGGCAUCAACCUCAAGGAAGAACCCUACUCGAAUAAGAUGGGUUUCUGUGGCAUUCCUCCAGCGUUGGUCCAACGCUACGCUGAGGAGCUGGAAGCUGACGUGUCAGAGGUCGCAGCCUGUCUAGAAUCCCUGCGAGUGAGGGACCUGGUCAGUGCCUGUCGAUGCUGGUUCCGCAGUGACACGCUGGCCAGCCAGUCAGUCAAAUCGGUCUACGCCGGCACCGGCAGCAGCGUAGAGGAAUGGCUGACCUCGCUGGGCUUGCCUAUGUACGCCAAGGCCUUCACACACAGCGGCUGGGACGAGCUGGACAUUGUCAUCCAUAUGGACAAGGACGACCUGAGGAAGUGUGGCAUCGACCAGCUGGGCCAUCUCCGCCGCCUCUCCACAGCCUUGGAGCAUCUUAAGAUGUCCUGGAAGCCUGUGUAGUGGACCCAUCAUUUCUCUGUAGUUUGGGAACUGUUGAUCUUCACAUUGGGAUGCCUAACAUUUUGUACAAACUGAACACCGUUCAAAUUUGCAUUAAAAAAAGAAAAGCACGCUCUUUAUGUAACAGUUUGCAGAGACUAUGCACUGACGUAAUCGUAUGUAGAAGACUGUUUUGCACGGAUGGAUGGUCGACCGUCACAGUGUUGUCUGGUUCCCUGAGUUAAAGCACUGUAUUUGUGGUGAAGGCAUUUGUUACCAAUCUGAGAGUCAUUACAGGGGGUUCGCUGGUUACGGCUUGAAAUUGCGCACAACUCUAUGGGAACCGUUUGCAGCCAUUACCAUAGACUGGUGUGUAAUUCCAAGCUGCUGCCAAGUAAAUCAGACAAAGCCUGAUUUUUUGUUCUAUAGAAACAAGGUGGUUGCCAUGGAAACAAGUCCCAUCACGGUAUACUUUUGUAAUGGGUCAACUUAGUUGUGUAAAGUGACAUCUGCAGUACUGCUCUGUUGACAAUGUCAAAGGUGAAAAUGCAAUUUGGUUGAUUUUUGCAAUGUCUGGCUUAAGAUUGUUUGUGCAGGACGGUCUACCAAACUGGAAGUCACAUGCACGAGGAGUGCCAUACAACAUCGGAAGUGCUUCAUCUAAACCAGGGAAUGAUAUCAUUUCUGACUUUAACGUCAUCACCGAGUGGCCCUACGCCAAUUCUGGAAUUUGGCUGCACAAUUUGUUUUUCUCUGUAAACAUUUUGAUCCGAUUUCUGUGAAAUCAAGCCCAGAAAUGAAAUGCUCAGCUGUACCAGUCUUUUCCCCCUUAAGAACCUAAUAUUUAUGGUGACAGUUCAAUGUCUUCUCAAGUUCCGGUGCGUAGCCUAGGUGAUAAUAUGAUAAUGCUGGUGUGUCACUGGUUUGCAUCUAUAUUGUUUGUCGUCAGAGGGUGGAUAUAGUUAUAUGACCUUCCCUCCAAUAUCUGUCCAUCCACCGUUGUCUUGCCAAGUGUCCCUUCGUCCUUUCAAGAUGUAAGCUUAAAGUAUCCAUGGCAGCUUUGUAAUGUAUUUCCAAGUGACACCAGAAGCCAGAGUAUCCCCUGAGAUGAACUGAUAUCUCAAAAGAUACUCAGGCUCUGUCCCCAGUGCUCGACUGCAGCUAUCAAUUACACACAAGCCUAUCGGAAGGGGGUGCAUCCGUUAGGUAGCGGCUCCAGUCUCAGCCAGUUAAUUUAGACGUUGCCUUACUAAAAACAAAAAGCCUUAUUUUACAGACUGUCAGUCGUGGACAUAAAAGACUGUAACCAGAGGACAUUCACUGACUUGUCAGAGAAAAUGAGGCAAUAUGAAUUUAAGAAUGGUCUCACAUCAACUGUGUAGUUGAUUAAAUGCUGGAGUGUCUCAUAUUGUGGAAUGAUCAGAAUGUUCCAUUUAGAGUGCCUUGUUCUCUGUGCAGAAACAGGCGGUCGGUCCACUGGGCACGCGGCAUUUCCAAGGAAACGCUGCCUCAGAAAGGUCCAUGCAUGCUGUACACCGUUCCCACAAUGCAUGAAUGUUCUGGUGAAAUGAGAGGGUUUCAGCAGGAACGGACUAACGGGACAGGAACAUUCCCAACUUUUGAGACACUCCCCACUUCUCAUCACCUUUACACCUUUGUAAACUUUUACUCCGCUUCCUUUGCCAAGUUCUUCCUUAUGUUCAACUUUUAAAACUACAAGUGUAUAUGGUCAGACGGCUGAUGAGUUUAUUGGCUUGACAUCUUUAGUUCUUUGGUUCAAUACUUCGUUCAGUAAUGACUGGAUUUUACUCAAGAGGACUGUCUUGGUUAUCUGUAUAAAAACUGCUAUCCAAGAUACACAGGAUUUUUAAAAGAAAAGACAUGCAAACUGAGCCUUUCGGGAUGAUAAAAAAGGAAAAUUGAUAAAUUUGAGAUAUCCUACAACAUUAAGGAUAUUUGAUGAUCAAUUUGUUUUAAUAUUUAAAAUUGAGAAUGGUUCAGAUGUGUGUGGUUCUAUGCAUAAAACAGAUCUGUGACUUACUUUUCCGUAAGACGUGUUAAUUAUACAUCCGUUGUGUUUCCGAAUUUCAGGUUUUCCAUUGUAAAAAUUGUUUGCAUUGGAAAACAAAACUGCUUCAAAGGUGCUGCACAAUUGAAAACUGUUUCUAUUAAACCCUUUGAAUGUCCUUUAGACAAAAUUUAUAGUGCUUUCAGCAGUGUUUGUGCACAGGCAUUCUCUUGGGAAAGAGGGUUUCAAGAAAAGUUUGAAAUUUGUUGAAUAAAGUUCAUUGUACUGUGAUAUUUGUAUAGAGAUUGUAACAUCAGAUAUGAGUUUCACAUGAAAAGUUAAAAUCGUUGGAGUUGAGCAUAAGAAAGUUUAUGAAAUCCCCCCAAAGAAAUAUACUUACACUUGCCUUAGAAUUUCCAAAUGUGUGUUGUUUCAUUAAUACUCAAUGACAAGUUAAUUCUGGUAAUUGGCUACUCAGUCUUGGCUAAUUCCAAAGCAAGACCAAUUUUGGUGUUGAUUAUCGCACGGUUUCAGAACAUCUUUCUUGUACAUUUAUUAACAAACUUCAAUUCUGAGGCCUUUUAUGUUUUUUCUCAGAAAUGAAUGAGUACAAAACAGGAUGGAAUCAAAGAAAUGAUCAACAUGUUCGUGUAAAUACCAACUUUAUAACCAGCACUAUUCCAGAAGGAUCAUGGGAUAUGUACUUGUUUCCUCUUUUGUUUCUCAACUCCAGUAAUGGCAUAAGGUUUUGGAGUGAGUCCCACAUGUACAGGGUGUGUUUUGGAAUGUGAAUAGAUUGAUUCUAUGGGGGGGGGAGUGCGUGUAAACAUGUAUGAAAAAAGUGCACUGUAUUUUAAAGAAGAAGAUUUCAAACAAGUGUAAAAUAGGAUCGGAGAUUUAAAAAUUAAAAGAGAAAAAAAACUACAGAUGCAUGUCAUAAUUCCAAGUUAUCAAAAACAUAAUCAGAAGAUAUGUGCAAUGAAAACUGAGGUUUAUUUUCUAAUUUUCACAGUUAUGGUUUUUUUUUUUAUUAACUCUUAAUCCAUAUAAGAAGGCUCGGGUAUUUUACUUUUAAGUUUAAUUCUUCUGAAAGGCUGUCUUCUUUGUAUAGUCAUGGUGGCCAUUUUUUAUCUUUCCAGAAAAGGAUAAUUGAUCAGAGUAACUUUACAUUUACUUGGUUUGGGUUAUUAACCAAUAAUUUAUCUAUUGCCUCUUCAGAUUGAUGUGUGACCUUCUACUUUGCAUACUUUUUUUGUCAAUUUGGUGUACAUUUAGUGGAUAUGGACUUGGUUAUUAGGUGAGGCGACAGACAGUUUAACAAUUUAAAAAAGCCUCUCAUUUACAAAAUGUUUCUCAAAAUAUGGAGGGCCUGACGUUUCGAUCCUAGCGGAAUCUUUCUCAGAGGCCAGGGCACAAUAUUCUUGAGUAAAUUGUCAACAGAUUUGCCCUACCAAAUACCAUCAUUAGGUCACCAACUU